AUGGGAACUGUUUACCGCAUCUUUCAAGGCUUGUUUGCAUGGUAUUGUCUCAACCUCGCGAUACAGCUCUACUCAGCGUUUCAUGCCCCUCGCUGCCCAGCAAAUUUGAGCCAACAACGCUGUUAUCGUCCUUUGUAUCAAAGAGAUGAGUUGGUCGACAUACAUGUCUUCGUUACGACGACAGCAGGGUUGCAGUGGUGGACUGAUGAAGGCUUCAAGCAGCUUGUUCCCUUCUUCAACACAUCUGUUUCUUAUGGAGGUCUUCAGUCGCCUCGUAUCUCGGCGAUCCUCCCGCUUUCUAGAUCAGAACUGCAGGGGGUCCGGCAAAACGAGUCAGUCCUUCAUGCGCACUGCUUCUUCGUCAGAUCUGGUGUGAGGCUGGCAGAUGAGAUUCGCCGCUUAACAUUCCGUGAACUCCCGGGCGUGAUCAGCGACAACGCGUUACAUGCAGCGGCGCAGAUUACCAAACACUUGCCGCAGGUGCAGCAGCAUCGACGAAAUCUUCUGGCACAACAGCAGGAUGAUUCUCCUACAUCCGAGCGCGCGGUUGAGGUGGCCAUGCUGGCAGGCUGGAACAUGUCUAUCUAUCCCCGAAGCUGCAUGUUCUGGGCCGGAUCACUCUUUGUGGCAUCCCACUUCUUUGAGCCCACGCUGCUUCUGGCAACUUUGCGGCACAGCCUUCUGGUCCUCAUGCCCUUGCUGUUUCAGCAAGGAAGAGAUUCCAAGGCCGGUUCGUAUGGUGUGCCGGAGGUGCUUCAGCCAUCCGUUCCAGCCGAAAUAUCUCCACACUUGGUCCCGGUCUUUCGACUUGAACUUGCAGCUGAUUUCGAGGUGUAUGAUGGCAGACACCCACCCCCGCUGCUGUACAAGGAGCUGAUCUUCGAACGUGAUGUAGCAGGGCCUCGCGAACGGGAUGUCAGAUAUACGGUGUUGCAGCCAAGGCAAGCGGAGGGGCCAAGGUAUGCUCCCCCCUUCUUUGUGGACACCGCGAGUUUCCGUUCCAAAGACUGGCGCCCGCUGGACAGCAACGCGUCGAGGCCUGACCCCGACGUGCAGGUGGAGGUGGAGUUUACCGGCAUGUUCAAGUACAGCAUGGUGCAGACAUUCCGGGAAGGAAUGAAAAUGUACCUGCGAAUGGGCAUCAGCGAGCGGGAUCUCGAUGACUUCAAGGACAUGCUUUUCCGGCAGCCGCUGCAUAUUCUCCUUGCCCAGCAGGUCAUUGGCUUCCUUCAAGUCACGCUACGCAUGCUGGCGUUCAAAAAUGACAUCACAUUCUUCAAAGGUCGCUCUGACUACACCGGCUUGUCCAGCCGAUCCCUUGCCACAGACACUCUGCAGGAAGUUGUGCUCUUCUUUUAUCUUUAUGAUUUCGACGGCAUCUCAAGGCUGCUGUUGUGGCAAUUUGGGAUGUCUGCGGCCAUCAGCUUCUGGAAAUACGCGCGUGUAGCACGGCUUGGAACAAGGUGGGCUUACGCUUUGCCCUGGGCAAAGUAUGGCCGAUGCGCCUCCUCGACGUCAUCGGCUGAAUGUGACCAGGCGGGCGAGGCAUUCACUGAGGACGUAGAUGCUAGGGGUAUGCGCUAUUUGAAGUACGUCUUGUACCCGCUCUCUGCUGCUUGGGGAGUGUAUAACUUGUAUCAUCACUCGUAUAAAAGCUGGUGGAGUUGGAUGAUUUCAUCGAUGGCAGACUUUGCUUAUACGUUUGGCUUCGUGAACAUGAUGCCGCAAAUUUUUAUCAACUACAAGUUGAAGUCAGUUGCCCAUAUGCCCUGGCGUGUUUUGAUGUACAAGUUCUUCAACACCUUCAUUGAUGACAUCUAUGCUUUCGUUAUCGCAGCCGACCAGAUGACCAACAAGCACAGGUACAUGACUUUACGAGAUGAUGUGGUUUUUCUCAUCUUUUUGUAUCAGCGUCAUAUCUACAGAGUGGACCUGCAGCGUCCGGACGAGUUUGGCAACGUCUAUGAUGACACGUUUUCCGCUGAGAAGAAGGAUGACUGA